UCUCUAACGUGCCUGUACUAAACACUUUUCUUAAAUUAUUCUUUAGAUUUUUACCUUUUUGUAAGAGAGAUGUUAAAUAGAGUAAUAUAAUUAUUCUUUAGAAAAGUCGUCGUAGUGAUCUUUGGUUGACGAACAUGAUUUAAACGUGAUGUGAUCCUUCAAAAGGCUUGCAAAUAGUCAGUGGCUGCUCUUCCUCUCUUAGCUCUUCUUGUUCUUCUUCCACUUUCGUUGCCCCCUUUGAUUUGUGGGAGAUCUCUUUGCGAUGGAAUCAGAGAAACCCAUGUUCCAAGUCGAAAACUUUGACGAUGAGUUUGUCCAGAAGCUGGUCUAUGAUGCUCUCGUCUGGUGUUCCCUUCACGGGCUUGUCGUUGGUGACAAAGCUUAUCAGAAAUCAGGAACUGUUCCAGGGGUUGGGAUGACUCACGCCCCAAUUGCAUUACUACCAACUCCAUUCCCAGAAAGUUUCUUUAAGCAAGCUUGUGAAGUUGCCCCUCUCUUCAAUGAAUUGGUUGAUCGUGUCAGCUUGGAUGCCAAAUUCAUACAGGACAGUCUCUCCAGAACGAAAAAAGCCGACAUCUUUACAUCUAGACUUCUUGAUAUUCACUCCAAGAUGCUAGAAAGCAACAAGAAAGAGGACAUUCGUCUGGGUUUACACCGGUCAGAUUAUAUGCUGGAUGAAGAAACAAAAUCACUUCUUCAGAUAGAGAUGAAUACUAUUUCGUGUUCCUUUCCAGGCUUUGGUCGUCUUGUUACCGAGCUACACCAGUCGUUGCUUAGAUCUCAUGGUGAUCAUCUUGGGCUAGACUCUGAACGUGUACCCAAAAACACAUCCACUAGCCAAUUUGCUGACGCAAUGGCUAAAGCUUGGUUGGAGUACAACAACCCAAGAGCGGUAGUCAUGGUGGUUGUGCAGCCAGAUGAACGCAACAUGUACGAUCAGCAUUGGCUAAGCAGCGUAUUGAGAGAAAAGCACAAUAUUGUAACCAUUAGGAAGAGUUUAGCACAAGUCGAAAAAGAAGGGAGUGUACAAGAGGAUGGAACCCUUAUUGUUGAUGGCCAAGCAGUCUCGGUGGUUUAUUACAGAUCAGGUUAUACUCCCAGAGAUUAUCCGUCUGAAUUAGAAUGGGAUGCUAGGUUGCUUAUAGAGCAGUCCUCAGCUGUCAAAUGCCCGUCUAUAGCUUAUCAUUUAGCUGGCACCAAGAAAAUCCAGCAAGAACUCGCAAAACCAGGUGUUCUCGAGAGGUUUAUGGAUAACAAAGAUGACGUUACUAAGCUGAGGAAAUGCUUUGCUGGACUUUGGAGCUUGGACGAUCCAGAAAUCAUCAAGAAAGCAAUCGAAAAGCCUGAGUUGUUCGUUAUGAAGCCUCAGAGAGAAGGAGGAGGUAACAACAUCUAUGGAGAUGAUGUGAGGGAAAAUCUACUGAGGUUCCAGAAAGAAGGAGAGGAAGAAAACGCUGCGUAUAUCCUAAUGCAGAGGAUAUUCCCAAAAGUCUCAAACGUCUUCUUGGUGCGAGAAGGCGUUUACCAUAAAGAUCAAGCUAUAUCAGAACUUGGAAUCUAUGGCGCUUACCUCAGGAACAAGGAGAAAGUAAUAAUAAAUGAGCAGAGCGGUUAUCUGAUGCGCACAAAGGUCUCUUCAUCAGAUGAAGGCGGUGUUGCUGCUGGUUUUGCUGUCUUGGACAGCAUUUAUUUGAAUUGAGAUGGUUCUCAUUCACAGUCAUUCAUGUUUCUGCUUCCCUUUGUCCUGUUCUUCUUGCUUGUUAAAGAUAUGUGUACUAUAAAUCAUAAAGACAAAACAUAUGAGGAAACAAAGUUCUUUACAAUUA